AUGGAACACGCGCGUCCUCCAGCGGAAUUAUCACUCGAAAGCGGGCCAAAACGGGCCGAAGCGUGGCGUCAAUGGCGGCAGCUAUUCGAAGUGUUCUUAAAAGCAUCUGGAGUGAGCGAAGAGCCUAAAGAGAUUCAGGCUACUUUGUUGGUUUACCUCAUCGGCUCGGCAGGAUACGAGGUGUUCGCGACUUUUACUUUUGAAGAGGGCGAAAGCGAAGACGAUAUCAAUUGCGUUUUGAAGAAGUUCGAUAGUUAUUUUGGUACUGAACCGAAUAUAACAGUAACAAGGUUCAAAUUCUUCUCGCGCAAUCAAGAAAGUGGAGAAAAUAUCGACCAAUAUGUGCCCGCUUUGCGAGUACUGAGUUGGCAAUGCGACUUCGGUGAUUUGCACGAGAGCCUGCUGCGAGAUAAAAUCGUUUGCGGAAUAGUGAAUAACACGGUCAGGGAUCGAUUACUUCGUACAGACGAUUUGACAUUAUCGACAGCGAUACAAAUUUGUCAAGCGGCAGAAAUUACUAAGGAAGAAAUUCUGUGUAUCGACGGCAACGAGGCGGAGAGCGGUCAGGUGGAUGCAGUUCAAGGCAACCGCCGUGGGGCGAACGGUUGGCGCAGCGGCAGGGGCUGA